CCGUCCCCGCAUGUAGCCACGACUUUCGUUCAAGCGCUACUAAAAUCCGGGGAAACACGACUCGGGUUGACAGGAUAAGCUUCACAUUCAGACCAUGGCGCACCAAACACACAAUAUUCCGUGGAACGUCUUGGCCUCGAACCUAACAUGGGUUGCCGUCAACCACUGCCAAGAGUACGACGUCGCUGGCCAUUACCGCACCAAGGUCAAGGGCAAUAAUCUUCAUCUCCGCUACCAGCCCAACCAAGGCAAGGAGCUGACCUACUUCGUACGUGCAUUCGCCAAGACUCUCAGUGAGCAUUCCACGUGUGAGCGCCUAAAAUAUCCCGAGAAAUACGAGCCGCCGGGUUCUCAAGACGUGGUUCUGGACGACGAUGUCGUCAAGAAGAUCAGCCCAACCUUUCAGCGGCUGCGCCUUGAUUUCGACUGGAAAACAUGUGGCCACAAGCAAAGCGAGGAGUGUCGAUGCCCCAUCCCUCGCGAGGCAAGAAAAGCAUCCGCAUUUCUGCAAAAGCGUCGAAACAAUUCCUGCUAUCAGUUUUUUCAAGCCAACGGAACGGCCUUUGUUAACGUCGAGCUGGUCAAAAUGCUGCUCUUGUACGGCGAAAUGGACACGAUUUUCCGCAUAUGCGCCCAUCCCGACGUGGACUUGCACAAUUGGUGGGACGCGGCAGAGUGCCAGGACUUGCCCAGAAAUGCCGGGUGGAACGAAGUUAGCAACAUGGCCUUGCGCGCGUAUCUGUGUCUAAAUGUGCUGCAUUGCUUUCCAGAGACGUGGGACCUCGCGUCUGGAAAGACGGACGAAACAGACUACCGCCAAACAAGGCUCUACCAGUACAUGCUUAGAACCUGCACGCUGUCUGGGAUGACAUCGGAGGUAUCAACGCACCCGCACCGGCAAUUCUUUGGCAUCGAGCGAGGCCAGUUUAAAUUGUAUCCCAGUUUAAGGGACGGGCGGCGGUGGGCGUACCUCGUCCAUAUCGGGCGUCGAGCCUACGACUAUCCCUACGGGCUGAUGCCGAUCGAAGAGCUCCUUGUCUGCGAGCAGCAAGACUCCCUCUAUGGUUCCGGAUACCGGCCGCAAGUGUCUGAAAUUGCCCAUGUCCGGGGUAUUCUGUGCAGCAGGGGAUUGCCUGUGGAGCUGGCCAUGGAAAUUAUGGAUAUGGCGGGAUACGUGCCCCUGCGGAGGCUCAAAGUGCCCAACGAUCCGCUUCACCUGGACAACAAGGACGAGUUGGCCGAGUACCUUAAGUACUGCUGGCUGCUCAUGAUCCGUUCUGACAUGAUGGCCAAGGCUCUCGGGAUGGAGAUUCCGUGGAAGACAAUGGUGUCGGAAUGCCUCAUCGAUCUGUUAGGUUGUAUCAAUUGCAGCAGGGGGAAAUGGUUCGAGGACAUAUAUACUGACGACUCCUACGAUAAUGUAAGGUUUCUUUAAAUACCUAGGUUAAAUAACUUACUUGCCCCAACUUCCUGAUACGCCCG